AAAUAGUGAAGCAUCUCAUUGAAUCUACUGGCUGUGAUAUUAAUGUUAGAGAAAAGGGAACUGGGUCCACUCUGUUACAUAAAGCAUGUUAUAAUGGAUCACUGUCAAUAGUAGAAUAUUUGAUAUCUAAACCGCAGUGUGACAUUGAAGCUAAAGACAAUAAAGGAAACCAACCACUUUAUUAUGCAGCAUGUCAAGGACAUAAAGAAAUAGUUUCAAUAUUAGGAAAGAAAGUGAGUGAGGAUGGUUUAUCUGAAUGUAUGAAAUCAGCAAAGCAACUAGCAGUACCAGCUAUAAUGAAACUAUUAAAUAAUCAUUAUGAAGAUAUGAGGUCAUUAAUUAAUGCGUGUAAAUCUGGAAAUGUAGACAUUGUACGUCAUCUUGUGAUUGAUAAACACUGUGAUGUUAAUGCUAAAGGGUGGAUUGGCCUUACACCAUUACAUCAUGCAUGUGAAAAAGGUCAUUUUGAAAUUGUUGAAAUUUUGACUAACGAUCCACAAUGCAAUAUUGAAGCUGAAGCCAGUUUUAUGGGCAGACCACUCCAUGUAGCAUGUAAUUCUGGAAAUGUAGACAUUGUACAUCAUCUUGUGAUUGAUAAACACUCUGAUGUUAAUGCUAAAGGGUGGAAAGGCUCUACACCAUUACAUUGUGCAUGUGAAAAGGGAUCUUUUGAAAUUGUUAAAAUUUUGACUAAUGAUCCACAAUGUAAUAUUGAAUCUGAAGAUAAGGAUAAUGACAGACCACUACACAAAGCAUGUGAAUCUGGAAAUUUAGACAUUGUACGUCAUCUUGUGAUUGACAAACACUGUGAUGUUAAUGCUAAAUGUGGAAAUGGCUAUAUACCAUUGCAUUAUGCAUGUGAAAAGGGUUCUUUUGAAAUUGUUAAAAUUUUGACUAAUGAUCCACAAUGUAAUAUUGAAGCUGAAGAUAAGGAUAAUGACAGACCACUACACAGAGCUUGUAGAUUAACAAAUGUAGGCAUUAUACGUCAUCUUGUGAUUGAUAAACACUGUGAUGUUAAUGCUAAAGGGAGGAAUGGCUAUACACCAUUGCAUUAUGCAUGUAAAAAGGGUCAUUUUGAAAUUGUUAAAAUUCUGACUAAUCACCCACAAUGUAAUAUUGAAGCUGAAAGCAAUUCUAAUGACAGACCACUACACAAAGCAUGUGAAUCUGGAAAUUUAGAAAUUGUACGUCAUCUUGUGAUUGACAAACACUGUGAUGUUAAUGCUAAAUGGAGGAAUGGCUAUACACCAUUACAUUAUGCAUGUAAAAAGGGUCAUUUUGAAAUUAUUAAAAUUCUGACUAAUCACCCACAAUGUAAUAUUGAAGCUGAAAGCAAUUCUAAUGACAGACCACUACACAAAGCAUGUGAAUCUGGAAAUAUAGACAUUGUACGUCAUCUUGUGGUUGACAAACAUUGUGAUGUUAAUGCUAAAGGGAGGAAUGGCUACACAUCAUUACAUUAUGCAUGUGAAAAGGGUCAUUUUGAAAUUGUUGAAAUUUUGACUAACGAUCCACAAUGUAAUAUUGAAGCUAAAAACAAUGAUGAUAAAUCGCCAUUACAUUUAGCAAAUAUGUGUAGAUCUAGCAGUUAUUCUUUUCCUAUAAGUGAUUAUACAAACAUAGUCAAUUAUCUUAAUAGAGUUAUUAAUAUGUCUCAAUUUAGUGGUAUAGCAUUAUUACGUGUUGUUAAGUGUAUAUUGACAGGUCCUCCUGGUGCUGGUAAGAGUACAUUAAAGAAGAGACUCCUCAAUCAUUCUCUUGAUACAGGUCCUUCUCUUAGUACUGGUGUAAUUGAUGCAGCUGUACAAGUUAAUUCAUCAUUUCGUAAACUAUCACAGCACAAUGCACUA